AUCAACUCCAUACAAAACCAGCUCAAGGAAUGGUCUCCUACUGCAGGUAAUACACCCGCCAUGGCGGAAAAACUAAUGCAACUCCAUCGCAACGAGGGGCUAGAGGGUUUCAUGGACGUCGCUUAUGGCUUUACUGCGCUGGCGUAUAACACGGUAGGUGAUAGUAAGAAAGCGGUGCAGUUUGCGAAGAAAGCCAAGGAAGCUGUUUUGAUGAAAGACGGGAAAUGGGCGCCGAACUUGGGGGUGUGGAAUGAGUUGUUGGCAGACCCGAAGAAGCAUUGGAGCUACAGGUGGAGCCUCUGA